AUGGAGCCCGAAAUGGCGCAAGGAAGUACGUCCGAGGCGAGCCUCGAAGUGGACGUCAUCGCGAUGCCUGCAAUACGCCUACCUCCGUUGCCAGGAGCCUCUGCACCACCUUUGCCCGAGCCUCUCGAGCUACUCGAGUCGCCGCCAACUCUUCCCACAGACACAACAACAGAUCUUAGAGACGAGAAUCCCGAGCCGCUGGUGCCAUUGACGAGCAACAGUGAUCCACCAAGCGCCGGCUCGGAAGACGAGGUCGUGUCCGACAACGGGCCUGACGAGGGCGCUUCUACAAGCGUCCUACCCAACGACGAAAUCGCCACGGACACUGUCGACGACGGCGCGACAGAUACCCCAACAGAGGCAGACGCCGCAAGCAACGAUUGGACAGAGUACGAAGGCGACACUCUGCAAGCCGACGACACGUCAAGAGACGUGCCGAGCGAACCAACACUUGAAGGGAGCUACUUCGCUGAGCAAACCGAGCCAGCGCCAGAGAGCCCUGACUUUGACGUUGACGGGCCAACCGAGCCAGCGCCAGAGAACACCGACAUCGAGCCAGCGCUCGAGGAGGGCAACCCUGGGGCGUGGAGCGACGAUCCUGCACUUGGCGACACCGAGAGCACUACGGAGUGGGCGGCGGCCCCAGGUAUCGACGCGAUAAACGCAAAGGACCCGCCGACAGAAGAGAAUGGCGACGAAAGCCAAUGGGCGACCGACGAGACAGGCGCUUGCCUCGAUGUACCGGAAGCUCCGAAUGACACUCUUGGCGAUAACUACGGCGGCCAAGUCGUCGCGAAUGAAACCGAGUGGGUCGACAGAGCAGCUGACCAAGCGGAUGCGUACCCAGAUCCAGCAGCCGACGGCGUCGCGGACGAGUGGCCGAAUCCAGAACCAGACGCCGUUUCAAAUGACGUCGACAACUCUCAACUUUGGCCAGGUCAAGAAAAUAUAGACGAAGGCCAGGCCUUCAGCGCCAUGGACGAAGCAGCCAGCCCCGAGGAUACUCUGAACGAAGCGCCGGGGUGGUCAUCGCUGGAUCCAAACGGGUCGUGGGCAAAUGAACCUGGUCGCGCGGUCGGCUGGUCGUCGUUCCAUCCCGAUUCUACGUGGGCAGACGAAGCCAGCGCUCCUCCGUUGGCCCCAGUAGAACCAACGGCGUCGAUGCCGACAGACUUCGCCGGGACGCGCAACCGUCCUGGCUCGGCCAAAAAGGUACUCACGCGCGUCGAAAUGAUCAAGUACGCCAAGGACUUUGCCGCCGCCGAACGUCUCGGCGCGGGCAAGUCGUUCUUCAAGACGACGAUGAAGGACAUCGCCGAGCUCGGCGUCGGCCUUCAGCUCUAUUUUCUCUUCACCAAGUACAUGGGUCUCUGCUUCGUCGUCAUGUCGGUGCUGGCAUUACCCGCGCUCGUCAUGCACGCGUCGGCCCGCGGCAUCGACACGCAGAUGAUCGACCCGAUGCGGCUCGGUGUCUUGACGAUCGCCAACGAGGGCGUCAACUCGACAGCGAACGCGACCACCGAGUGGUGCGCCGGCAACCCCUUCACGGACGACCCGCACACCGUGAGCUACCUCAUCACGGCCUGCGACGUUCUCUAUUCGCUGACGUUUGCCGGGUUCAUGUGGUUUUUCAAGAUCACGGCGAACCAAGUCAUCGCCCGCAACGCCGAGGCGAUUACGCCGGCAAAGUACGCCGUGUACGUGCGCGGCUUGCCACCGUCGGCGACCCAAGAAAGCAUUUUGCAGCACUUCAACGCCCGCUACGACCCAACGACAGAGAGGAAGGAGUACCCGAUGAAGCUCGGCUGCUGGGGCCGGCCGCGAGCACCCAAGGUGCAGGCCGAUUUGACGCGCGGCGGACGGCUGGCCAAGCCCGUCGACAGUACGGAGCACCUCUCGCACCCGCACGAGAUGUACCUGCGCACGUACGUGGCCGAAGUGAGCAUUGCACACCCGACGGGCGGCCUGCUGCGAACCUUUUUGGCGAUGGAGUACCUCACGGCCAAGGCCGCCGAGCUCAACGAUAUUCUCAAGACGCUCCAGAUGCUGCCGGCAACGGACGCGGCCAACCGCGCUGAAAUCACAACCAAGAUCGAAGCGCAGCUCGAAAAAGUGACCGACACCCUCGAGAAGAAGACGAGCAAGCUCAAGGAGCUCCGCGAGAACCGCGCCAACAACCUCACCGACUGCGACUGUGCCUUUGUCGUCUUCAACAGCGUCGAAGCCCAGCGGCGGUGUCUGCGUGACUACCGCACGAGCCAGUACAGUUUGGCGCGGCGGUUCCAGCCCAAGGAACUUCGGUUCCAGGGCACGCACGCGCUCUGGGUGCAACAAGCGCCCGAGCCCUCCAACAUCAUUUGGGAAAACCUCGAAGUGCCCGUGCGAGAGCGACGUCUUCGGCGGUACUUGACCAACUUUGUGACGUUUUUGCUCUUGUUGGUGUCGUGCGCGGUCAUUUCGCUGGCGCAGAGUGCGCAAGCCACGUUUGCAGGGGGUUCGAUCCCGAAUUUUUGCACCGAGGCGCUCCCGGCCGUCUUUACGGGCAACUACUCGAUUAUUUCGACGCUCAAGUGGCAACUCUACUGGGACCAGUACCCCAACACGACGUGUCCGACGGGCAGCUACUACAUCUCGUACACCAACAAUGUUGUCGUACCGCAAACCAAAGUCGGCAACGCGACGCAGUGCGUGACCAACCGCUGCAUCUCGGCGAUCGCGAGCCUCGAUACGACGUGCAGCACGCUCCCGUGCUUUUUGCCCGCGCUCAAAGACGACAAGACGCGCCCGUGUACAACCUACAAGGCGUCGGAUCUGCUGAAAUGCUACUGCGAACCCGCCCUCGAGCGCGCGAUUUCGCUCUACGGCUGGCUCGACGGCCCGAAAAAGAUGUACAAUUACCAGCUGCCAUGCCAAGAGUACUUGGCCAACUACAUUCGGAAGAACGCGUCGCUCUUCCUCGCGGCCGCGACAGUCAUUGUCGUCAACCUUGUGUUGCAGACAAUCCUCCGCGCAUUUGCCGAUUUUGAGCGCCACGUGAGCGAGAGCGAGCGCGCGUCAGCCAUGGUGCUCAAGCUCUUCUUCGCACAGCUGCUCAACACGGGAAUCAUUGUGCUCUUGGUCAACGCCAACUUGAGCAACGUGCCUCUGCCGUCGACGCUGCGUGAAGUCUUGAACGGGAAGUUUGACGACUUUGUGCGGCAGUGGUACAUUAGCGUCGGCGUCGGGAUCUCGACAACCAUGAUCAUCAACGCGGUUUCGCCGCAGAUCGGACCGAUUUUGCAAACCUUCGUCAUUCGGCCGCUGACGCGGUCGCGUGCGCUCAAGGCCGCAGUGACGCAAAAGCAAAUGAACGACUUGUUUGCGGGCCCGUCUUUUGACAUUUCGCUGCGGUACCCACUUGUGCUCAACACCGUGUUUGUGACGAUGAUGUACUGCGGCGGAAUUCCAGUGCUGCUCCCCGUCGCCGCCCUCGCAUGCCUCGUCAUGCACCUCCUCGACAAGCUCACGAUUAUGAAGCUCUACUCGGUCCGCACCGCCUACGACGAGGCGCUUGGCGAGCUCUCGCAAGCGAUGCUGCCGUUUGCACUGUUGCUCCACCUCGGGUUUUCAACGUGGAUGUACGGCAACAGCAUGUUCCUCCAGUCGGGCCUGUUGAACGUGUCGUGGGUCUUGCGGGAAUUUGGCGUCCAGUCGAAUUCGACCAACGCCAACGACCUCUACGGUGAGCUCCAAGCCGCCGUGAGCGAGUACGAUCCGCUCGGGUCCGCCGGUCUCUCGUCCAAGAUCUGGCGCCUCAACGUCUUUCCCAUCUUUCUCUUCUUUGUCAUCGCGCUCGUCCUCUUCUUUUUAUCGCAGUUUUUUGGCGCCAUUUUGUGGCCGAUUCUGGAAAAACCUCUCUAUUGGCUCGCGAACGGCAUCGCCAAUUCGUGCUCGUCGACGCUCAAGAAGACGCUCAUGCACAGCAAGCGCAAGUACUCGAGCGAAACGCCGCUCGUGUCCCAGUACCCCGACUUUACGGGCGAGUACCAAGUGCACGCGACCUCCAAGGCCGUCGACGUUGCCAAAGGCUAUGAGCUCCAAGAGAACGGAAUCCUCGUCCGCAAGUGGACGGUCGACACGGACGUGCGAAACAAAGGCGACCGCAUGCUCACGUGGGAGGCCAUGGCGGCGCCCGUCAAGACGUACUCGAUCCACGCCAACCCCAAAUAUCAGAAUGCGAUGAUUGAGCUCUCGCACGCCCGCGAGCGUGUCGGCAACGAGGAUGCCGCCGAGAGCGAGCAAGAGAAACACGUCAGGAAGCCCAAGAAACCGUCCGGUUCCAGCACGGUCGUGCCUGUUGAGUAG